AAUAACUCGACAGGAGGGAUAUCACGAUAACCGGAACACACAUGAACGUUGUGUUUCUCACCGGAGCAUUGUAUGCAACGGACUGUCAACAAAGAAUAUGGCGCUGUUGUCUACUUAGCUAGCUAAACUCUACUCGACGUUACAAAUGGAAGGUGAACGUUUUUUUCAGUGUUAAAGAAGAUCAUCCGACCUGCUUGAGGCUGAACACUGAGCUGCAGUGAAGUCAUGGUGCUGAAGAUCUUCUUCCCGCAGUGCUGUAACCGGGCGGACAGCGGCCUGCUGGUCGGCCGCUGGAUCUCCAGCCAGGACUCUGCCGUGGUGUUGGCGGUCAUCCACUACCCAUUCAUCCCCGGACAUGUCAAACAGUACAUCCAGCAGAUGCAGGCCAAGAGUGGGGUGGAGCUGUCGGUGUUGGGCUCGUGGAGUUUACCCAAAGACGGUCAGGAGGGCAUGGAGAGCUUCCUCAGAGACCUCAGCACCAUCUUCCCCCAGGAACGCUGGCUCCAGAUCAACCGCGAGGUGGGCAAGAUGGGCUUCACCUGCCAGGUCCUCCAGCGGGAUCAGAAUGGAAGAGUAGUUCAGCGAGAGACGAAAAAGAAGAAUGAGAAGGUUGACGAAGGUGCUGGAGAGGCGGGAGGUGAUGAAGAAGAGCAGGAGGAGGAGGAGGAGGAGAAGGUGAUCUUCGUCCACUACGAGCAGAGGAAGGUGAUGCUGUCACAGCUUCACCCCAUCGAGAACGGAGUUCCCGACCCCAUAACUGCUCCACUGUCUGAGCUGAGACAGAUGUUCCAGACGGUGGCCAACAGCCAGCCUCUGUUCUUCCUGGACAGAUACGACGACGGGCCGCUGAAGUCGACACACUGGCAGACUGAGGGUCGAGAGGCCAGCAUCAUCGUGGAGCUGCUCAAACAGGCCUGCAUACCGCUCUGCAUGCUCAUCGGCUGGCUGCUCUCCAUAUGGACCUGGAUCUGCAACAUCCGGAUCUUCAGCCUUUACCCGCUGCGCUUCCUGUCCAGUAAGCUGUCCACCUGUGUCCAGCUCAGCUACAGAACCGAACACAUGAGGUUGCUCAGCUCACCCAAACCAGCUGCCGGACACACGCAGUUCAUGAGGAAAGCGAACAUCGUGGUGUCGUUCCUGGUGGAUGUGGCUCUCGGCAUGUUGCUCAUCUGGUGGCUCUACAGAGACAACCACAUCACCAUGUUAGCCAACACGCUGGUGCCUGCAGCAGAUCAUGUGGCUAAAGAGCUGGAUGAGCUGCUGCAGUGGCUGAUGGGAGCUCCUGCAGGGCUGAAGAUGAACCGGGCCCUGGAUCAGGUUCUGGGCCGCUUCUUCCUCUACCACAUUCACCUCUGGAUCAGCUACAUCCACCUGAUGUCUCCCUUCAUCGAGGGGAUCCUGUGGUACGGAGGCCUGUCGGCUUGCUUGGGCCUGACCUUUGCCCUCUCGCUGCUCUCAGACAUGGUCGCCCUGCUCACCUUCCACAUCUACUGCUUCUACGUCUACGGAGCCAGGUUGUACUGCCUGAAGAUCUACGGCCUCUCGUCUCUCUGGAGGCUCUUUAGAGGGAAGAAGUGGAACGUCCUGCGGCAGAGGGUGGACUCCUGCUCCUAUGACAUGGACCAGCUCUUCAUUGGGACGCUGCUGUUCACCGUCCUGCUAUUCCUGCUGCCCACCACAGCGCUCUACUACCUGGUCUUCACUCUGUUGCGGCUGUUGGUGGUGCUGUUCCAGGGCGUCCUCCACCUCAGUGUGGACUUCAUUAACUCCUUCCCCCUGUUCGCAAUGAGCCUCCGCAUCACUCGGCCCUACAGACUGGCAGAGGGUGUAAAGUUCAGGGUGCUGUGUGAGGAGCCUGGGACGGCCCUGCACCUGCUGAUGGAGAUUAACCCUCUGAAGUGCAGCGCAGUGGUUCAGACCUACCGCACCCCGACUUACAGCUGUUACCCCAAAGACUCGUGGGCUGCCCUGGUCAAGAAACUGUUUGUUGGGGAGCUGAUUUACCCGUGGAGACACAAAACCACCAAGACUGACUGAGAGACAUUGGCCAGAGAUGUGAGCGAGAAAGAGAGAAAAAGAAAAAGAGAGAUUAGGAAACAAAGGAAAGGGAAGGGACCGAAUAAAUAGUGAGAUGGAAACAGACAGAUAGAUAGAGGGGAAAGAGGGGGAACAAGGGUGAAAUUGGUACCUUAGAGUUACGCUGCUUUCAUCUUAGAUUGGAAUAACAUCAAGAAAGUGUUUGUGAAGACUGAAGCUGCCAGGUCACCACACUUUUUUUCAUCCGAGCAGCUCGAGGAAGAAGAACGAAAACAAGUCAGUGUUUAAGAGUGCAGCGAACAUGGCAAUGUCAGCCACAAACCCAAAAACCAGCAAAUAGUCCCGUCCUGUUUUUGUUGUAAAAACUGUGAUUGUAAAAUGCCUUUCAGCACAUGAUAAAUUCUUUUAUUUGUAUUAAUGAUAUUAAGGACUUGACAUCAGCUGUUGUCUUUUGUUGUUGAGGUCAAAAAUUAAAUUAAAUAUGAGAACUUAAUCUCCAGUAAUGAACUUAUAUGCACCGUGUAUCCCACAAGGAAACUAAACUAAAGGACCAAAACAAUUUGUUCAUGUGUGUUUGAAUGUAGGACACAAAGAUCCCACAUUAUCAAAUAAGAUUUAAAGACCAUCUGACUUUGUUUGCCCCCCCCCCCCCCCCCUACAUGUCGGUGAAAUCACCAUUUGUAUGACCAGCAAACAUACUCGAGUCAGUUCACUGUAGUUCACUCACUGGACAUCUAAGCUCUCAGCUCAGUGUAAUCCCCCAUGAAACACUUUACAGACAGGUGCGUAUUCUCUGUCACUGACGCUGCUGUUCCACUGGCUUAAAUCACACACCGCAACACCCAAAAUAUUGUCCGUUGCCCCCCCCCCCCCCCCCUGGAGGCUAAAUUGCCGUCAGACUGAUGGAUUCCGAGAUUGCUAGUUUGUUAUUGGUUCCAUCCAAUACAUUGGACAAAUGAGCUUCUAGAGGGAUUCCAUAAUGUUAGUCAUGUUACAGAGAGACUAUGUAACUUGCUGAAUACUAAAACAUAGCCCAAUAGUAGCUCAAGUAAAAAAGACUCAUCAAAUCAGUGAAUCGACUCAGUAUUUAGCGUGACAAUUCAUACAAAUCUUAACUCUUAAAAAUGGCAGAAUUCCAAUUAGAAAUCAGGUAUUUAUGUAUACUAUUAACUGCACUGAUCAUGUAGAUAGUUGUAAUCUUUUAGAUUUUAUAUUAUUAAAUUAUUAGCAAGAGUCUGCUUCUAAUCACACUAACUGGACAAACAGAUUUUUUUUUACUACUUUUUAAUACUGUGUGUUUUGAUCGUUUAAAAAAAAAAUCUAAUUAAAUUGAUUUCAGGUUCAUUUGUUGCCAUAUUUCCUCCAAACACUGGAACUAUUUGCCUCUGUCAGGUGAGUUACAGAGGGAGAUGAACAGUCAUGCCAUACUGUUCUGGUAUCAAGCAAAUCCUUGUGUGAUUCUGCUCUGGGUCAAAUUGUCAGCAUUUGUCCUUUUUUUUUAUGUGCCUGUUCAUGUCAUUUUUAAUAACAUUUUCUUUCAUUCUUAGUAACAAUCAAUAUGAACCAGCUCUGAUUAAAAGAAACAAUCCAGCAGUUUGGGAAUUUGGUUGUCGUCUGUCUUGCUUAGCACAACCUGCAGGUGAACUACACGAGACCGCUUUGGAGCAGUUGGAAGGUGUAUUCUUUUCACUUUUGAUAGUGCUGAGCUAGCAAUUUCCCACUGCUUCCAGUCUUUGUGCUAAACAUGUCAUGGCCAAUCUCUAUACGGGACACAGGAAGAUGAAGCUGAUGUCAUUUCAUGGUUAGGCAGCAAGAUAACAAAUUUCCCAAAUUUUCAGACUGAAUAUUUAAUAUGAAUUAUUGCUGUUACUGUUUUUCUUUCACCUAACUCUUUACACCCUCUUUAGCGUCCUUAGCAACAAUUUGUUGUUUUUAACAGUUAAACUGUUUAAUUUAGUUCUUAUGUUUUUCACCUUUUUAUUUUAGAAUCUCCUAUUGAUCUGUACUAAAUGUUCCAUUGCCAUUUAAUAAAAUUCAUGCUGUAUA